AUGAAACAGAAGCUGGAAAUUGUAGCCCUGGUCCUGGGCUUCUUUGGCCUAUUUGGGACAAUAGCUGUUACAGCUCUGCCUACCUGGAAGGUCUCUGCCUUCAUUGGGGCUAAUCUUAUAGUCAUGGAGGAACUGUGGGAAGGCCUGUGGAUGACCUGCUACAGACAGAUUAAUAUCAAGAUGCAAUGCAAGGUCUACGACUCACUAUUGAUUCUCCCAGCCGAGCUGCAGGCGGCUAGAGGAUUCAUGUGCGUCUCCAUCGCCCUGGUUUUCAUUGCCUUGAUUGUCACAGCUUUUGGAAUCCAGAGGAGCAACUGUUUUGGUGACAACAUGAAGAGCAAAAACAUCAUUCUGGCCGUCGGGGGAUGUUUGUAUCUGAUUUCGUUUCUGACCACACUCAUUCCUGUCAGCUGGGUGGGUCACUCGAUUAUCAGGCAGUUCUACAAUCCAACUAUGCUGGACGCUCAGAAACGAGAGAUAGGACAAGCCAUCUUUAUUGGCUGGGGAACGUCUGGUGUGUUACUGGCCACUGGAAUCAUCGUGCUCAUCAGAUACAGCAAACGAAGAUCCAAAGAAGAUCUCUACCAGGGUGUAUACAUUAUGGAGGAAAAGAGUGCCAUCAAAGAGGACAGUGUAUAUCUCGCCCAGACAGAAUCCGGCAUGCAUAAAUUUCAAGAAUAUGUGUAAAUAAUUGUUAAUUUUUGCUUUCCGCUGAAUGUAUUUAUUUGCAUUUAAAAAUUACAAUGUGUAGCUAAUCUGCACAUGCCUGUCAAAAUUAAGGGCUAUAGUGACUCACAGAGGUACUGGGAGAAGCUCUUUCCAUCAGUUGGCUACUUUACUACAAGCAGUACCGGUAACAAAACCAAUUUUGUACAUAAAAAGUAUUCAUUUAUUAAGAGUAAUUUUUCUUUGAAUUUUAUUUUUA